CAAGGCUGGCGUGAUACAGACCCUAUGAUCCAGGCACAGGGAGGUUGCUCCACCCAGCCUCCAGAGGGCUACAGAAGAGGCCAGUUGGCAGAGGAGCAGAGCAAACUGAAGAAGACCAACCUGCAGCCAGGAGAAGAUAAUAGCGCGUUUGGCGGGAAGUAACAGGAAGAAGGCGAGGGGGUAGGGGAGAGCUGUACUGAAGACGCAACUCGAGCAAAGAAAGGAAUUUUCAGGGAGGACAGUGAACAUUCUCAGAAUAGCAGAGCUGAGAAGGAGACCUUUUCACUAUGGACCACCCAAACGACAAAGAAGAUGCCCUUUUUUCCCAGAACCCACCACCCUACUCCGAGAAACAGUCCUACAGUCAGCAACUAAUUCCUGCUGAUGGGCUAGCAAACUCUGCCAUGCCAACUCAGUACCAGCCUUAUUACGCCCCAUACGGUGCAGUGCCCAGCUCAGGACCUGAUGUCCGACCUCCGCUGCACAGCACUGUUGUCUUUAUACCUCCUACCGAUGCACCGGAUCACCUGGCGUAUUCCAUCUCCACCAUGCUGUGUUGUUUCCUGCCUCUGGGAAUUGCAGCCGUGGUUUACUCUGUACGGACUCGGGAUGCCAACCGGAUGGGGAACAGCACUGAGGCUCAGCGGAACUCCAGGAUGGCACGGAUCUUAGCCCGUUCUGCGCUUAGCGUCGGGAUUGUGUUGUUUAUUAUUGCUACUAUCCUAUCUGUUUUAUAUUUACUCAUAUCUCAAGGAGAAUCUACUGCCCUGGGGAGGAAGACGGACUGGGCUCUGGAGGACAUUCCAGACAUGACCUAG